GAGCCCGCGUGUUUCGUGUCUACUGUUUAGAAGUCGUCUUCAGAGAACAUGUUCGUUCCAAUUAUUCUCGCAUGUAUUGUGGCGGUGUUUGGGAGGCAUCACCAUGGUGUGGUCAGCCACGGUCAUUACCACCACCAACAGCCGAGUGGUGUCCAUCAAACAGAUUCUAUAUCUCCUUUAAUUGUCGGUGGUACUAGAGCUGACCCAAAAGACUGGCCAUGGCAGGCGACCUUAUCUAUGUCGAAUCAGUUAUUUUGUGGCGGCUCACUCAUUAAACCUCAUCCUGCCGGUGAAUACUUCGUGUUGACUGCAGCACACUGUGUAGAUGGCGCUAAUCAAGUGUUUAUGAAUGUUACAUUCGGACAGACAUUUUACGAGUAUAAUCGUAAUCAUGAUAUCCAAACAGUUGGUGUUAGUGAAAUAAUCAUGCACAAGGACUAUAACCGAAGAACGUUAGAGAACGAUGUGGCUCUACUGAGACUUUCACCUCAACCGGAUGUUACAUCGGAACAUGUAAAGAUUGGCCCAGUGCAGCUACCCUCCGUUGGUGAUGGAUUUAGACGUGAUGCCAUGGUCUGGGUAACAGGUUUCGGCACCACUUCAAGCGGUGGAGGUACCCCCGAAUAUCUUAUGCAGGUAGAGAAACCAUACGUAACUGACGAGGAAUGCAAGAACAGCUAUGGGCAGGACUUUGAUGCCGGUUUCCAUGAUGUGUGCAGGAGAGGAGGGAAAAGAUGCUUGUCAGGGAGAUUCCGGUGGUCCUCUUGUAUACGCAGAAGACACAAGUUCUCCAGCUAACUUCAAGCUAUAUGGAGUUGUAAGCUGGGGAAUUGGCUGUGGAUCCCCUGGUUAUCCUGGUGUAUACGCCAACGUCCUCAAUUAUCUCGACUGGAUUGACGAGAACACCCAAUAAAACUUGUUCCCAAAUCUUUUUCUAUUUGUAAUACUAGAAACGAAUAAAAUGUAUACUUAAUA